ACCACAUCGACCAGUCACUGAGUUCAUACUACAAUAAUGGCCAAGUGGAGCAUUGUCGCCCUCGCCCUCAUCGGCUGCGCCGUCGCUGAGCCCCCAGUAGGCUACAGUUACUCCGCUCCAUCUUCCAUCUCAGUUGGAGGAGGACACGGCUACAGCUCUCCCCUUUCCAGCGGCGGUCACUACAGCUCCGUGCCAGUCGGCCACCAGACCUCUGAGGGCUACCACAUCGACCCCCAUCUACUCGACAAAAUCAGACACAUCAUCCUUAAAGAUGAGAUCCAGAACCAAGCCUACCAAUCUUCCAUUGGUGGUGGACAUGGCCACGGACACGGCAUCUCCUCCCACUACGGCCCCCCCGCUCCCGUCUACGGUGUGCCUCACGACAGAAUCGUAGGAGUUGAAUUGGAAUCCCUGCAACAAGGUAUCCAAGUCGCUCAGUACCAUCAAGCUGAGGAAGGUUACGCCGGUGGAUACUCAGGAUACUCCAGUGGUGGUUACUCCAGCGGUGGUUACUCCAGCGGCGGUUACUCCGGUGGUCACGGAGGUUCCAUCUCCUACAGCGCCCCAUCCGCCACUUACACCACCAUCGGUUCGCCAUCCGGUUCCUACGGAGUCCCAUCAGUCUCGUCCUCAUACGGCGCUCCUCACCAUUAAACGAAAGGAAACUAUUAGUCAUACCAUUUCAUGUUAAUGUUAUGAAAACCAUGUGAUCGCAACUAGACGUUAACUGUAUUAUAUUUGUUGUUAAUGUAAGUUUCUGUAAAUAAAUCUAUCUUUUGUAAAAAA